AUGUCUUCACAUCUUUGGCCGACAACUGAAACUUCAAAAGUUAAUGCUCUAUGGUUUCGGCCUUUACAACCUGUUCGAGAAGAUGUUAGUCUAGCUAAAUUUGAAGAAAUAUUGGAACAAGAACGACGACGUUAUGUUGAAAAAGGUUUAAAUUUACCAUUUCAUGGUAGAACAGAAAUGGAUAAUGGCGAUGAUGAUGAAGAUGGUGAUGAAGCUGAAGAAGAAAGUGAAGGUGGUGAACAAGAUGAUGAAAUGGAUGCUCAACAAGGUCCUGGAUCACCUGGAAAUGGAGCUAAUGUUGGCAAUGGAGUAGUAUAA